GUUCCAGGUCUGGCGGGGGGCCGGGUGGCGCCGGGCGAUGCCUGGGGGGCCCGCGGAGGUCCAUGUGGCGCUCUAGGUGGGAUGGCGGUGUCCUGAAGGCUGACGCGCUGGCCCUCCUGCCCGGCGGCCUGGGCAUGGCCUUCUCGCAGUCGCACGUGAUGGCCGGCCGGCGCCACCAGCACAGCAGACUCAUCAUCGAGGUGGACGAGUACAGCUCCAACCCCACGCAGGCCUUCACCUUCUACAACAUCAACCAGGGACGCUUCCAGCCGCCCCACGUGCAGAUGGUAGACCCGGUGCCACACGACGCCCCCAAGCCGCCGGGCUACACCCGCUUCGUGUGCGUGUCGGACACCCACUCGAGGACCGACCCCAUCCAGAUGCCGUAUGGGGACGUCCUCAUCCACGCAGGCGACUUCACGGAGCUCGGGCUGCCCAGCGAGGUCAAGAAGUUCAACGAGUGGCUCGGCAGCCUGCCCUACGAGUAUAAGAUUGUGAUCGCUGGCAACCACGAGCUGACCUUCGACCAGGAGUUCAUGGCCGACCUGAUCAAACAGGACUUCUACUACUUCCCUUCCGUGUCCAAGCUGAAACCUGAGAGCUACGAGAACGUGCAGUCGCUGCUGACCAACUGCAUCUACCUGCAGGACUCGGAGGUGACCGUGCGCGGCUUCCGCAUCUACGGCUCGCCCUGGCAGCCUUGGUUUUAUGGCUGGGGCUUCAAUCUCCCCCGAGGCCAAGCCCUGCUGGAGAAAUGGAACCUCAUUCCUGAAGGGGUAGACAUCCUGAUAACCCAUGGACCGCCGCUGGGCUUCCUGGAUUGGGUCCCCAAGAAGAUGCAGCGGGUGGGCUGUGUGGAGCUGCUCAACACGGUCCAGAGGCGUGUCCAGCCGCGGCUGCAUGUCUUCGGCCACAUCCAUGAAGGGUACGGAGUCAUGGCAGAUGGGACGACCACCUAUGUGAACGCAUCCGUGUGCACUGUGAACUACCAGCCUGUGAAUCCCCCCAUAGUCAUCGACUUGCCCACACCUCGGAACUCCUGACUGCUUCCUGCCGCCCCUCCUUGCCUGCCCCCAUCAGCGAUGCCCCCCUGGCUGAGAGCAUGGACCUCCACCCCUGCGCAGCAGCUGGGAUGACCCAUUUGGCUGUGGGGAC